UGUUUUUUUCUUGUUAAAGUAAAUUUAUUCAACUAGUUUAUUUGCAUCAUGGGGGACGACGGACACUCUCUCCAUGCUUUGGAAAACAUUAUGACAGAAUUUUUUCAUACAUCAACAUCAAAUCAUAGAAAAAGAGAGAUUGAAGAACAAUUGGAUCGAUUCGGACAGCAGAAAGGAUCGUGGAAACAUUGCCUAUAUUUUUUUAAUCGCACAUCGAAUGAAUACGUCAUGAUGUAUUGUUUGUCAGUUCUGGAAAAUCUAACUAAUAAAAUGUGGAUGGGUGUGGACGUUAAUGAGAAAACCGAAAUACGUGCCAGUUUGUAUCGCAUAUUGAUUGAAAAACAUAAAACUGUUGCUCCAUUUAUCAAGAAGAAGCUUCUGAAAGUGAUUGUUGAUAUUGGUCGACUUGAUUGGCCAAUGUUUUAUCCAGAUUUUUUCACUAAUAUAAUAUCACUAGCAUGUCCACCAAAUGAUGAAGAGACCCGGACAAUGGGUUUGAAUGCUCUUCGUAUUAUCUCAGAAGAAAUGGCAUUACCUAGAGAAGAUCUGCCACAUCAGCGAAAGAAAGAACUCAGAAGAUUUCUUCUUCAGCAAGCACCUGGAAUUCUACAUAUCAUUUCUGACACAUUAGAAAAAGAAUGGAAAAAACAUUCCCGCGUUACAGAUAAUGAUUCGAAUAUAUUUAUUUCUUCAUCUCCACAGCAAGUGAAUUCAACAGCAUCUGAUCUUAUGGGAUUGUUUGAAAUGGGUGAUUCAGACAGUCUUGGUUAUUCAUCUGAAACAUUACCACCAUUUUUGCCUGAGAAAUCACACAAAUUGGCUUUAGAAGCUUUGGAAUGCCUGUGCCAUUUAUUCAGUUGGAUACCUUUGUCAUCCAACAUUUCAUCACGAUUGUUAAAUGUGUUAUUUGCUUACACACGAUUUGGUGUUCAUUCAUCUCUGAUUACAAGCAAAAAUUUUGGUCAGCAUUCCAAUAUGCCAAAUUUACCUCUUGGCACUCUAGCAAUGACAUGUAUAAAUGAACUUAUGGCAAAAAAUUGUAUCCCUAACAAUUUUGAAGACUAUUUACUUAGGGUGUUCAAGUUUAUUUUCCAUUUUCUCAAACAUGUGACCAAAAAUGAGAAUCCGAGAGCAGAUUUGGAAUUAUUGGAUGAGGAUUAUUUGGAGAAGUUUACAGAAUUUUUGAGACUGUUCGUCAGUGUACAUUUUAUUCGUAUUGAAAGUAACUCAAACUUUCCUUUAUUGGAAUUUUUGGAACUCUUGUUUAAAUUCACUUUCAACCAACCAAUGUUUGAUGGUUACUACAAUUGUUUGGAUAUCUGGGAACUAUUCCUAGAUUUCCUCAGUAAUAAGUUAGAAGGAAAGGCGGAAGAUGCUCGUAUGAUGGUUCUUGCCCCCUAUAAAGAAGGUUUACAUUUGCUUGUGAAAUUAAUUAUGACUCAAUUACAGUAUCAGUUCAAUCAGAACAGACUUGAAGAAUUGGAUAAUGAAACACUUGAUGAUUCAGGCCACACAGAAUGGCAACAAUUUGUGAUCGAAAACUUGGAAAUUGUAGCCAAGAUAUGCAAUUUUUUUCCAUCUGAUACAUUAUCAUUAUUAUAUCCAAUAUUAGAAGAGAAUGCAGCCAUUUACCUUGAGUUAGGUAGGCAUGUUCUACCAGUUAAUCAAAAUUUAUAUGUUAAAACCAGCGAUUUUAUGAACAGUCCGGCUCACAAUCCAAACCGCCAAUUCAGUAUUCCUGGCUCUAAUGAUUCGCUAAAUCGUAUUCAUUGUGCAUUGAAAGACCUUUCUACAGUUUUACAAGCAUUAGGUCGCUUAUCGGAAUAUUUCAUUGGAGAACAUUUUCUGCAAAGGACAGAAGCCAUGUCACUUAUUGAUAAAUUUUUGACUAUUUCUGUUUUCGGGAGCAGAAUAAAGUUGUAUGAAAUGCAAGCAAGAAUACCAACUGUUUUGUACUCUGAUGUUAUAGAGGUGCAUGUCCAAUCUCUUGCAACCCUUCAACCUUUCACUCAUUGGCUAUUUCAGCUGUAUACAGAUUCUCAACAAGCUGGCCACUCUCAAGCUAAAUUAGAAGAUAUCAUGCAGGGAUAUUUAAAUGCUCUUAUUCCAAUGCUCAGUCCGGAAGUCCCUGACAAGUUGGUACUUCCUGCUAGCCACACCUUGUUAUCUGCCAUAAACACCAUUCGUGCAGCAUUCCUCCUGAAGUCGCCCAUCAUUGACAAGUUAUAUAGUGACGUUGCUGGGGGUUCAUGCGGUAAACUGUCAAUAGAAUCACAAAAAUUGGUGUAUCGGUCUCUAUCUAAUUUGCUUCUUCUACCCUGGCCAAAUACACCAGAUUUGGAGCAAUGUUGGGAUGCAAGACAGCAAAAUCAUUCUGCAUUCAUCAAUGCUUUGCUAAAAGAAUUUCUGUCAUUGAGUGGUAGAAUUCAAAUGGUUAUACAAAAUAAAGUUGAAGCAAAACAAAUUAUUAUUAAAUCACUCCAUAUUCUUGAAGAUCUUGUGAAUGCUGUGGGAGAAGAAAUUGUCAAAACGAGACAGAUAUGCCAUGUAUCCCUGCAAUCUUCUAUAGAACUGUGUCUUGAGUUAUUCCCUAUUUAUAUUGAUCACCCUGAAGUUACAGAAUGUCUAAUGGGAUUUUUUCUCGCUGCUUUUCGGGGACUUCGGUCCCAAAUGGGUCAUGAAAAAACUGUGCGAAUGAUACAAACUUUUAUGAAGGUUUUUACACCAGAUGUCCUGGAGAAAACAAUUAUGCAUGAAAAUUCUGCAGGAGUGAGAGCAGUCGAACAUUUUAUUAAAAUUUUAGAGCUUGUUAUUGAUGAGUCGACAACAACAUUCAAAUCUCUGACCCAAAGCAUCAUAACUUUGGCAAUUGAUCAGAUAUACCCUGUGGUUGCACAACGUCCAUCACCUGAUGUGAAAGAAGCACUUUUCAGUCUACUAUUUCACAUUCUGUCACGCAAAAAUCGACACUUUUUUCCAGCACCUGUGCUCGCUUCCUAUCUUACAGGUGAUAAGGUUGGUGUGCUUAAUCAUAAGAAAGACUUUCUUGCUAUUAUGCAAGCAUUUGGACAGUCAUUUCUGCAGCCUGAUAUCAGUAUAUUUCGUCACAAUUUAAAUGCCCUUGAUAAUCUGAAUUUAAAACAAAAAUUGUAUGAAAAAAUUUAUAAACUUCUGGCAGAUGAGAAUAUAUUGUUUCAGUUUAUCACUGUGUUAAUUCAAGCAUUGGUUCAAAAAUCACACGAUUUAUUGAAGGAAGAAAUUUAUUCGACAACUUGGAAUAUGGCGGAGGUUGAUUUCGACAUUUUUUACAAUAAAUUUUUGCCCCAAUUUUUAAGAAACUUGGAUGGUAUUACACCAGGACAAAAAGACACACUUUAUAAAAGUUUCAAUAAGGAAUCUGAUCAGCCAUCAUUUGUGUUAUGCUUACAAAAUUUUGUCAAUGAUCUGAGAUAUUUCUAUUUAUGCAAUGCUAGUUUGCCAGAAGGUACUGUUAAUUUUAACUAAUAGAGAUUAGUUACGACCCAAGUCUUCCAAGAUAUAAUAUUUUUUAAACGUGCAUAAUAUAAUCAGGGAGGAUGAAUGAUAAAAUUGCUUUGUGUCAACAAAACAUAUUUAGUCCAAUAUUUUAAUGAGUAACUUGUUAUUGACUUGACCUUAUCUCUAAGCUGUAAUUGUUGACUACAUGAGGACCUAGAACUAUAGCGACAUCUCAGACAUAUCAACCAAUAUUUUUCACAUGAUAAAUGUUUUAACGUUUAUCAUCAAUCCUCGUAUGAAACUACAGAUGAGUGUGGCGCUUUUGUCUCAAAGUUCAUUUCAAACUUGAAACAAUAAGUCUAUGCAGAUUGCGUAAUUUUUUUUUUGAGGUAAUGCCGGAGUUUCGAAGAAGAGUUAAAUUUACAUAUUCUUAACCUGAGAAGUACAGUACUCAAAUUGUGUAUUUUUUGUGUUUUACUAAAAUCACUACUUGAAGAUGCUUAAUUGUGUAAUUGAGUAGGACUAAACUGAAAUCUGUGUUGAUUGACUCAAUGUUAGCACCUUUUUUUUCACUACUUUGAAGUAAAAUAUAAAGUACAAACAAUAUGAUUUUUCUCAGUAUAUUAAUUUAUAUCUCCCGUUCCAUGUUUUUUAUUUUCUUUGUAUACGUUCCUUAGUCGUUAUAUUUUUUUCUAAUGUAUUGAGCAUUCAUUGUAUUUUCCAAUUAUUUUAUCAUAAUUCAGGCAUCACAACUCUGUUAUAAAUUUGAAUAAUUUGUUCAUAAGUAGGUCAUUUAUUGCUUCAUGUUAUGACGCGCGGCAGCCCUGUAUACCUAGAUGAUUAAACCAAUGAGUUAGUCAUCUUGAAUGCAUCAAAAUUCUUCUUUUGAAAUGCAAUGUAAUUUUUAUUGCUUUAUCGCCAUCUAUUUUGAUUUGGCCACUAUGAUUCAUCUGAUAGAGUUUAAUUUGUGUGUGUGUAGGUAGUACAGGGUAACAAUAACCUGUCAUUUGGCGCAGAGUGUAGAUUGGCAAGCUUGUCAUAAAAUAAUUUUCAAUUUAAUAAAUAGUAUCACAAGACUUCUACUCUUUUAUAUAUCUUAUGUAAUCAAUUCCACAUAUUUCCUGAACUAGGAAGUUUUGAUGUUGAUUCGUUGAAUUAAAAAAUUUUUGGAGGAAAAAUGAGGAAGGUGAUGAUGCAAAAUUUAACAAAUCAUUUCCCACUAUUUGCUCAUUGUUAAAUAUCUUGUGUAAUCUAGCAAUUGUCUAGUGUUUGAUCUAAUGAAAGGAUAGCAUUAAAUGAAACAUGAUGAUUCUAAUUUGCUACUAUAUCAUCUGUAUGCAGUUAUUUCAUGAUUCAUUCUACUUGAAUAGCAAAUCCUGGACUUGGAAGUCAAAUAUAUAUGAUUCCUAAGAUUCAGAUUUUUAUAUUACAUUUACUAUAUACAGGUAAUAACAGUUUUAUUUUGACCAUUAUAACUAAUUAAUAACUAAUCGUUUUUUCUUGUGCAUGUGCCAUUUGUUAAUUUUUUAUGUAAUAAUUCCAUGUACAUUUUUAAUGUAUAUUAUUUCAUGUAUAUCUGAACUAUGAUAUAUUCAUCCGCAUUCAAUAUCUCGCUUUCAAACGU